AUGGCGAAGUCCUCGCGCCGAAAGACCCCGAGGUCAACACCGGUCUCAUCAGGCUCAUCGACUCCCAGCUCCACCUCGUCUGGCCCAAUUCCACCUUUCGUCAAGGCACCCGCGAUCCUCAAGCCUUUCCUCGAACUACUCUCCUUCGACGAGGUGUACCUUGUCCAUAUCGACUCGACGGGGACGGAUCUGAAAUGGCAAACAUUUAUCGUGCCAACGGUGGUCAAUGUGAUUGUGGCAGCAGUGAUAGCUCUUCGUCUUUACAUGGGCUUCAGCACGUAUCCAGCACUGGUGGCUAUCGUGCUGGGAAUGGAAAGCUCGCUAAGUGUAGACGUUGCCUCGACUUCUGGAACUGAGCUGGCGAAGAUCACUCUUCGUCGUGUGGCCACCGUCAUGUUCGAUUACAUUCUCUUGACCAACUUCCUCUCCUGGCCUGUAGGCUUCAUUCUUGGUCCCGUGAGAUGGCGCCGCGCCAUUGGCUUCCGAGACCGCGAAGUGAUUGUCCGUCGCAGUAACCGCAGCUGGAGCAAAGAUCUCGUGCGCAACAAGUGGAUUCGUGACAAUGACGCGAUGCGCGAUAAGAUUGUCGGUGCCGUCACCCCUGAUCGUAUCGGGAAAACGGGAUAUCUACUAGUUGAUGAGGACUGGGAUCUGGACUACCUGGCCAUGAUACGCGCUCAUGCGCUCGUUGACUUGACCCGCAAGGGUGAAGGGGUGCAAUUGGAUGAGUUCCGUACGGCGAUUCUGGUGCAUACCGACGCAGAUGGGUGGCUGAUCUGGCGCGUCGCGGGCGAGAACACGCCCGCCUCAGGCGCAAAGUCCGCUCAGCGAGAUCAAAUCCUGGCAUUCAAGGAGCGCUUGACGGCGAUGGGCAAGGAGGACUUGUUCUUUCGCUGGGUGGAGCUGGUGCAAUGGGAGAGCUCCCAGUCCGGUGGGUUUACGCCUGAUCGGCAGCGAUCUGCUAUGUUGCAGGCCAAGCAGAUGUUCGACGAAGAGAACGUUGACUUUAGUGAGUUUUGGGACGAGGAGUUGGCAGGAUCAGUGAGCAAGCAGGAAUCGUCAAAGUAA